AUGAACCAGACAGACUGCGACUCGAAGGCCGACUUCCAGUUCUACCUCCUCCCUGUGGCCUACGUGGUGGUGAUGGUGCUGGGCCUGCCGGGCAACCUGGCCGCCCUCUGGUUCUUCCUGGUGAAGCGGAGGCAUCAGCGGAGCGGCUCGGACGUCUUCAUCAUCAACCUGGCCGUGGCCGACGUGGCGUUCCUGUGCGCCCUGCCAUUCCGCAUCCACUACCACCUGCAGCGCAACUUCUGGAGCCUGGACAAAUACACCUGCAUCUUCAGUGGCGUCGUCUUCCACGCCAGCACUUACGCCAGCCUGGUCUUCAUGACCUGCAUCUGUGUGGACCGCUACGUGGCGACUCUGCACCCGCUCACCUACAUGCGCCACAGGAACUCCCGCCUGCCUGUGCUCGUGAGCGCCACCGUGUGGGUGGUGUACAGCGUGGCCAUUCUGGUGUUCGUCCUGGUGGGGCCCACAGACGGGCAGAAGGAGAAGUGCUUUGAGAGCUUCAGCCAGGAGGAGUGGGAGAGGCGCGUGGGGCCUUACAGCAUCCUGUGCUUGCUAUUCGGCUCUCUGCUGCCCUCUGUGGUCAUCCUGGCGUGCUACCCGCUGGUGGCGCGGCGCAUCGCCCACAUCCGCACGGGUACGGCGGGCAAGGCCAGGCGCAUCAUCUACGCCAUCCUGGCCAUCAUGCUGCUCUGCUUCCUGCCCUACCACACGGUUCAUCUGCUGCACCUGCUGCACCGCAUGGGCUUCAUACGGAACUGCUCCUGGGCCGACGCCAUCUACAAGGCCCGCCGCGUCACCAUGGCGAUGGUCAGCUUCAACAGCUGCCUGGACCCCCUGGUGUACUACUUCAGCACCAACCACUGCAAGUGGAGGAUGCCGAGGCUGAGGUGGCUGAGGCCAAGGAGGACUGGGGUCUACAUCAUAUCCACUGACUAG